AAAACAAAAAAUUAAAUACAUUGCAAUCAUAAAAUUUAAGGAGUUUACUCAGUUAUUGAAUGCUCAGGAAUUUAAAGUGAAUACAUACAUCAUGCUAUUCUCAGUUUAUCAAUUUACAUCACCCGUUUUACAAUAUGUACUGUAUGUGUAACCAAGGGUGUCCAACUAGUGCUGAAAGUAAACAAUAUGGUGUUUGUAUGACAUUCACUGCACUCUCCAAUGGUUAUGGUUGUGGUUAGGAAACAAGUCUAUUUAUUUUUCAGGAACAACUGAUCAGAGCACAAAACAAAUAUUGCUGUUUGUUGUAGCACCAGUAGAUGGCAAACUCUACACAUUCAAUCUAUUGGUGCCAUGUGCCCCACACAUACUAGUCACAAAACUGCCUAAACAACCUACUACAAAUUUCAAAGCUUUGCAUGGCCGUGCCUGAAAGUCUUCCUCAAUUAGUGAACCUUAGUGCUCAUGGUGCUCAGUAUUGCUAUGAUACAGUUAAAACUGUGUUAUAAAACAAAAAUAAUACAAACUGUUUUGAAUCAAUUUGAUGUGAAGCGACAAAUUGCUGAGUCAAAUUGAAAGUCAAAUUCCUGGUACUUGUAACUUUGCCAAUAAAUGUGAAUUCUGUUAUAAGGUAAAGUGAUAUGCUUUUGUUCCAGAUCCAACAAACUGUUAACUGGAAACCAUUCCUAUCUGGACUGACAGUGUGAAUGAAGUCAUUUGAUCCAACUGCAAAACACAGAACAUUUAAUUUAUUUGGAACAGCAGAACGACUGAAUUUAAAUGAUCUCUAUUGUUCUAUUGUGCUCACCAUCCAUCCACACACACAGACACAUACAGCACUCCCACUCAGUUAACACAACAGAGUCAACUGUAUCACCACAUACAAGAAUGCUUUUGCUGGAUAGUGGAAUAUAGGGAGAUGGAGAGAGAAAGUUCAAGGGAAAGAGGUCUAACAAGCAUUCCCUUUGGUAACACUCCCACGGACCUAUUCUUCAUCAUCCAAUCACUGUUCAGCAAACAGGUACUGUGACUGCUUACCACACCUAUGAUAGGCACCAGCAUGUGGAAGAAAGAUAAAGAGGGUGGGGAGUAGAUACAAAGAGUUAAAUUCAAAUACGCAGAGUAAGAGAAGUACUGGAAACUUUCAAGAAAUCAAGGCAAUUCAUUUGGACAGAGUUGGACAGAGUGUAAAACAGUGCACAGGACGUUCAGAACAACAAGUAAACAGCAUAACAUAGACUCACGGUCUGAGAGAGGGACAGACAGAGAAAGAAACACUGGUGGAGGAUGGACACAUGGCUAAAUGAAGUCCAGAAGUAUCCAGCCCUGUAUAUACUCUGCUGCUCCGCAGCAUUCAGGAUCCUUCAUAGGUUACUACAGACUGUGCCCUGUCCCAGGACGGUGGACACAGACCCAUGGAAGACAUGGAAAUGGAAGAACCUCUCAGUGUCUCUCAUCCACUCACUGCUGACUGGAACCUGGGCUGUUGCCUGUGUUAUACAGCAUCCUGUGAUGGUGUACGAACUCCAUUCAACCUACACCCCUCUAUCCUACCUGUUAAUCAUCGUCUCAUCUGGGUAUUUCAUUCAGGAUGCUGGUGACAUUAUCUUUAGUGGGUAUGCUAAAGAAUCUUGGGAAUUUCUUCUUCACCAUGUUCUGGUGAUCUGGUGUUUUCUGUAUGCUGUAUUCACACAUCAUUAUGUAGCAGGUGCAGUCGUGGCCUUAUUUGUGGAGGUGAACAGUGUAUUCCUACAUACACGUUUAUUGCUCAAACUUGCUAAAGUGGCCCACAGUUCCUUGAUCUACUCGAUUAACAAACUAUUUAAUUUGGUAACCUAUGUAACCUUCCGGCUUGGAGCACAGUUUUACCUCACCUGGUACAUCAUAUACAACUACUCAUCAUUAGACCACGCCUUCCUCUUCCUGGUAACUAUGGUCCUAAUGAACAUCAUGAUUCUCAUUUAUUUCUACCGCCUCCUACGAUCCGACUUCUUCAGCAAGCGCUGUCAUGAAAACAGUGUUCAUAAAUUUGCGGAGGACUAAAUCAACAAUGCUUAAAGAAUAGUUCACCCAAAAAUGAAAAUUCUCCCAUCAUUUACUCACCCUCAUGCCAUCCCAGAUGUGUAUGACUUUCUUUCUUCCGCAGACCACAAAUGAAGAUUUUUGGAAGAAUAUUUCAGCUCUGUUGCUCCAUACGAUGCAAACGUUUGUGUUCAGCAGAUGAAAGAAAAUCAUACACUUCUGGGAUGGCAUGAGGGUGUGUAAAUGAUGAGAGAAUUUUCAUUUUUGGGUGAACCAACCCUUUACCGAUUUGGGUAAAGAUUAGCUGCAGAUAAUUAAAAGCAUUUUCAGCAAAAUAGUGGCUUUGGGGGUCACUGUGCCAGUUGAAAUAGUAACAGUGAACGUUGCAUCCAAAUGUAAAAAGUAGCAUUACACUGGAAUUGUUUAGGAAUGCAGGAAGUAGAAUUCAAGGGAGCCCAAGCGAAGAGAAACCCAUCUUUUGAAGGAAUUUAUGUAGAAGCUAGCUCAGCCUCACAAUGCUGAGGUAACUGUAAGGGGGAACAAGGUUUUGUACUAACUACAAACUUCAUGGUUGGAAUGUGGCAGUAACGCCUCAAUUUGUGCAGUGCAAUAAAAUAUU